UGAAGAUUUAAAGGCCCGGUGCUUUCUCCGUCUCGUUACUCUUUGAAAAGAUGGACUCCCUCUGGCAGGAGCUGUAGGUUUCUCUUCAAGAUGCCCUCUCUGGAGCACUAUUGUAUAGUGAUCACUCCAAGAGCAAUCUUAAAAGACAUGUGAACUUCAACUCCCAGUAUUCCCCAGUCAACAGGCUGACAGUUGAAACCCACACGUCUGAAAGCUGCCAAGUUUGAAAAACACUGUACUAGAGGCAUGAAACCUGAUAUCUGCGGAGCAAAUGGAAACCGUCGCUUCUCAGUGCGGCAAAACGCUCUUGGAGUGGUAUGGAACUCAACCGUGGGAAUCAAGACUCCAGCCUGACUCCGUGCAGGGAAUUUUCAGGGCAGCCUUUCUCUGCGCUAAUCCCUUGCUUCUUUCCCGACCUUCCUUAUGAUUUAUUUUAUGGUUUAGGAUUACCUUAUGAUUUAUGAUGAUUGUAUUUUAUGAUCAUGAUUUAUCCCUUGUUGCUUGUACCUACACUGAGAGCUUAUGCACCGCAGAUAAAUUCCUUGUGUGGCCAAUCGCACUUGGCCAAUAGAGUCCUAUCCUAUCCCAAGGGGGAUCCCGACCUCGAUGCGCUCCCCUUUCCAGCCGCGCGUUCCGUUAAAGCGACGGGGAGGUCCCGGCGAACGCGCGGCGCGGUUCCCGACUCUAGGAGGGCUUAGUGGAGGAAGAGGAGGGGGAGUGGGCGGGACCAGAACUCGGCCGUCCAAACCCCUGCUCGGGUCGGCGCCUCUCCAGCGGUUGCUCCUGUCUGUCCGCAGCCAAUCACUCUCUCCGCCAAUUACAAAGCAGGAGGAGGGGGGCCGGCCGCCUUAGCCAAUCUGCACGAAGCGACCUCCUUCUGUCAUUCUCCCCCCUCCCCUCCGCCCAGCAUUCCUCCCGUCCCCCUCGGAGCCUCCCCCUCCCUUGAGGCAGGGUCGCUACUUCGAAAGGACGGGUGGAUCGCGCGGGCUUUGGGGCGGCUGCCUAGGGCGGGGCGGGGAUCCUUCGGAUCUUCUUUGCCUGGUUCUUCCCCCUCUCUCCUCCCGCCCUCCUCCCCCCCAUCGCCCUGUUCCCCAGCAUCGGCGAAGAUCUCCCCCUGCUCUCCUCUCCCCUCCAGAGGUCCGGGGGAGCCGGAUCGCAGGAAGCAAUCGCGUCCUCUCGCUCAACGUCCUAUCCCGAGUGGUCCCGAUCUCCUUCUCUCGGGUCGCCGGCUUCAGCCCAACCCCUCCCCCUCCACCCAGUUUCAGCCUCCCCAACUCUCCGGGUGCUGCGCGCAGAAAGAAAGAUCGCCUGGAAAGGAAAGACACCCACGUGGGCUGGAGAAGCAGCUGUUGCUGUGGGUCCCCACCCCAGCCCCCCUCUCGCCCCAGCUGUGGAAUGAAGGCUAAGCCUUCAGAUGGAUGGACCACUGGUGAAAGGUGAGGGCAAGUCCUGGGAAUCCUUGGGACUGAGUGCUAGACUGAAGAAGGGAGUGGAAAGGAUACGAGAGAUCAAGCUGGAUUCUUCCUCCUUUCGGGAUAGAUUGCCUGCCAGAGUGGAUGGUAAUGAAGAAAAGCGAUCGAUUAGAGUAAAGACUGAAAAAAAGGAGAAAGCAGAUCUGGAAUUUGAGAUGGAAAUUUCUGCAGGUGGAAAACUGCUGGGCCCUGCACCUUCACGAGGUUCCUCAACCCAGGAAGAGAUGAAGGUGGAAACAGAGGAGCAGAAGGUACAAGAAUUUGAGGUGCAGAAAGUCACCAUCCCAAUAGAGGGUUCGUCUUCCUCUUUGCACCCAAACACUUGUGGCGUGUGUGGGAAGAGUUUCAGCCGCCGCUCGAACCUGGCCAAGCACCAGAUCAUCCAUACGGGAGAGAAGCCGUACCGUUGCAAUGACUGCGGCCGCAGCUUCAACCAGAGCUCGGCGCUCACCAAGCACCAGCGGACGCACACCGGGGAGCGCCCCUAUGUCUGUGGGGACUGUGGCAAGGCCUUCACAGCUAGUUCCAACCUCCUCCAGCAUCGGCGUUUCCACACCGGGGAACGGCCCUAUCGUUGUGAAUUGUGCGGCAAGGCCUUUUCCCAGAGCUCCAACUACAACCUGCAUCGGCGCGGCCACACAGGGGUUACGCCUUACCAGUGCAGCGUGUGCGGUAAGCGAUUUACUGGGAGCUCAUGCCUUACUCGCCAUCAGCGGACUCACACCGGAGAGAAACCGUACCAAUGCCAGGAAUGCGGGAAGCGCUUUUCGGGGAGUUCCACGCUGGCUAACCACCGGCGUACCCACACGGGUGAGAAACCCUAUGGUUGUGUUGAGUGUGGCAAGAGCUUUAGUAACAGCUCUCACCUAAUCCGUCACCGUCGCGUCCAUACAGGUGAGAAACCAUACAAAUGCCCCCAUUGUGAUAAAAGUUACCGCCAAGACUCUCACUUAGUUCAGCAUAUGCGUUCUCAUACAGGUGAGAAGCCAUACCGGUGCACACAUUGCGGCAAGGGCUUCUCACAGAGUUCCAAUCUCAUCAUCCACCAACGGACUCAUACAGGCGAACGACCCUUCACCUGUCCAGAGUGUGGGCGGAGCUUCAGCCAUAGUUCUGAUCUCAUUCAGCACAAGCGGAUACACACCGGGGAGAAGCCUUACGUCUGCUCCAUCUGUGGAAAAUGCUUUUCUCAGAGCUCAAAGGUUACCCAACACAAACGCUUCCAUUCUGGGGAACGUCCAUUUUCCUGUGGGGAGUGUACCAAAACUUUUCGUCUCCGGGCUGAUUUAGUCCGUCACCUCCGUGCUCAUACCGGAGAGCGGCCUUUUGGCUGUCCUGAGUGUGGGAAACAUUUUGCGGAGAGCUCCCAUCUGAUCCGUCACCAGAGGAUCCACAUGAGUGAGCGUCCCUUUCGUUGUCCAGACUGUGGGAAAGGAUUCAAUCAGAGCUCCAACCUCCAGCAGCAUCAGCGGGUCCACCGGGGCCAGAAACCCUUCAAAUGUGAUGAGUGUGGGAAAGGUUUUGGCGUAAGCUCGGCACUCUUGCAACACCAGCGCACUCACACAGGUGAACGACCCUACUGCUGCAGCCAGUGUGGGAAGAGUUUCAGUGUCAGCUCCACCUACCAUAUACACCAGCGUAUUCAUGCAGGACAAAAGCCCUAUGCAUGUGCGGACUGUGGGAAAGGGUUUGUGCGUAGUUCAGCUCUCCUUCAGCAUCAAGCCACUCACACCGGUGAGAAGCCCUUUCGAUGUCCCUAUUGUGGAAGAGGGUUUGGACAGAAAUCGGCACUUUCUCAGCAUCGGCGAGCCCAUGUGAGGAGAGGGGAGACAUUGACUUUGAUAGAAGGAUGGGAAACGGCUGGGAUGGAAGAGGUCGGGGACCAGGGAGUGGGAGAGGAAGCAGACCACCUGUGGCAAAGGAAUGGAAUAGGGAUUAUGGAGCCCGAAUGGCAGGGUGUUGGGGAUGAGGCCACAAGGCAGGAAUGGGGGGAUGACGGGGAUGAGGCCAUGAGGGUGGAGUGGCAGGAUGAUGUUGACGAGUUGCCACAGUUGCAGGAGGAUGGCAGAGAAAGCACGAGGCAGAUCUGGAAAGAUGGUGUGGAAUCCUCCACGGGGACCGAGUGGCAGGACGAGGAGGAUGAACAACUGGAACAGGGAUCACAGGGGGAUUGUACUGAAAGCAUGAGGCUAGAAUGUCAGGAGGACGAUGACGAUGAUGAUGAUGACAAUGAUGAUGACUUUAGGAGGGUGGAGGAGAGUUUCCAGGACGGCAAUCUGAGUAUGAGACUAGAGUGUCACGAUGAUGAUGAUGACGAUGGUGAAAGCGUAGAAGAGUACAUACAAGAUGGCAGUAAUUCAGACAUGAGGGGAAAAGGUCAGGACGAGAUCACAAAGCACGGCUGGCAGGAUGAUGGAGGUGAAAGCAUGAGGGAAGAAUGGGAGACUACUUUAGAUCAUUUAAGGCAGGAGAAAUUAAUUGAGGAAGAAGAGUGGCAGGACAGCGAAGGGGAUAGUGAGAAGCAAAGUUGGCUAGGCAAAGGGGAGGACAGCUUGGAGAGAACAAGGAAGAAGUCGGAGACUGAGUCACCCUACUGAAGUUGGGGAGCUUAAGGAAUUGAAACGAUUGACUGGCAUAGAGUAGAAGAGAGUAGAAGGCCUACAAUGCUCAAAAUAGCUCAAACCAGCAAGUCAUCAAAAGUCAUUGUGGACAAACAGCAGAACCCUACCUAGAUGCAAAGCUGUCAUGUCCUUCUGCAACAAAUAUUUGUCGUAUUUGUUGUAUUUAUAUUUGUAGGCUAUUCUGUGGUGUCUGCUCCCUCACUCCAGUCCCUGCAUGCCUGUGCUACAGAGCGCUGUGUGGUGGCUGCCUUAUGGUCAAGCUAUACGAUCCGGCUCCCUGUAUCAUUCCAAGCCUUGUGCCCUUUGCUGAUCAAAAUAAUUUCCAAAGGGUGAUUUUAUUCGGUCUGUUUUUAAACAGUACUCUACCUAAGUACAUGAUGUAUUAUACUUCCCAAUCCAGCCCAUGUUUUGUUAAAAAAAAAAGUUUCACAACACUUCCGAGGUAAGACAUCUUUUUUUAUAAAUAAGUGGGUGCCUUUCCUUACAGUGGCAAUUCUUGCUGGAUUCGAGGAGUUGAUUUGGGAGAAAUCUUCCUUCAAUUCAGUCUAUAAGCUUUGAAGUUAUUGACUUAGGAGGUUGGGAUUCGGGGAUGGGGCAAAAAAGAUAAUAUCGUCGUUUUAUUUUCACAGUUGUUACUUAGGAACCCAGCAGAAUGUGGGGACACUGUAAGACUCCAGUAUUUAACUAGAACAGCUUUUGAAAACUUCUGUUGCAUGCUCUGAAUCUCUCCCAACUGUAGUUAUUUUUGUAACGUUCUAAUCCUCUCUUUUCUGUGUCUCCUUCUGCUGAACUAAUAAAUGCUCUUUUUGAUUCUA